AUGUCACGCAGGGCCACCAAGCCUCAGGCUAAAGGAAAGCCCAGGGCGCAAAGGAAACCAACUGGGUCCAAAGUGCAGGUUUCAGACGACCAAUAUGAAGAAUUCCUCAAGUUUCAAGCACAGAAGAAAAAAGAAGCUGAGGUCAAUCGUAAAGAAAAUGUUCGGAAGAAAGUGGAUGCUAUGUUAGAUGAAGAGAGUGACUUGGAACAGGAGUAUACGAGCACUAGCACUGACAAAAAGCUGUCACGUUCGCGUCCAGUGGUCCCUGAUGACAGUGACAUGGAUCAUAUAGAUGACGCUGAUCCUGCAGACAUUUUACCUUCUGUUGUUCCUUCUAAAGAGAAAGAAUCUACGCCUAGUCCUGAUUCUAGUGACCAAGAUGGGGCCAAUGAGGGCAGUGGUGAUGAGGGUGCCAAUGAUGGAGAUGAAGAUGUAUCAGCGGAGAGCACAGGUACUAGAAGGAGAACAAAUGGGCUUAUUGAGGUCAAGGAUGAGCCCCAGGAAGAUAAUGGGGAGAGGAUUCGUAGGAAAAGAGUACGCAAAGGUGACACUAAACUACCUACUACUUUAGCUUCCUUGAAGAAGGAUGGGUGCGGUCCCUUGGUUGAUCUUGCACACCAGCUACUUCGUAUCAAGAUAGCUUUGGUGAAUGCUUUUCCAGGCCCUUCAGUGGAUGUGCAGGACUCCUUUGCAUGGGACUGCAUCAAAGAAGCGGUCAAGAAUCCAGGCUCUCCCCUAAAGCCAAUGUUUGACGCCAUUUGCCAAGAUCCUGUUUUGAAGAAUAGAGCUCUAACUUAUGUGUGGUCUGGUGCUAGUCAGUUGAGAGGGGAGCUGGUAAGAAAGGCGAGAGAGAAUGUCAUUUUUCUAUUGCAGCAGAUGAAACCUAGGGAUAUUGGUGAAGUCGCUUCAUGGCUUGUUUCUGCCAAAAAGGAUCCUUUUCUAUGUGGUGAAUUGGAUCUCAAGAACAAGACCUUCAACAAGAAUCUACCAUUUCGUGCAGCACUCUUGCGCCAGCUACUCAUUAGUCAAUUUUUUCAAGGCGCGGUAUCAGAAGGUUUGCUAUAUAAGGAUGAGUUUGAAAAACUCCCUGAUAACCUUCUUGCAUUAAUUGCUACUGCGGCUGAAUGCGCAUUCAAGGGUAUGCUCACUGGCUCCCCAGUAGUCAUAGAAUUCAAAGAGCCAGUCUUUCAACCAAGACACCAGUACUACAGUGGCUCAAAAAACCGUCCGUAUGUUUUGGCAUUUUUCACUAUCUAUAAUAUUGUGUGA